AUGGACAAUUGGUUGGAACGUCCUAAUAAUUAUGAACCUGAAACAUAUACAGAGAUUGGUGGACUGACAUCCUCUAUAAGAAAUUCUUUAACAAAUCAUGAAAAUUCCUCAACUGCCUGCAUGAAUAAUGAUGAAUGUAUGGAAAUAUGGAACAUCCUAAAAUCGUGGAAACUUGAGUGUGUUUAUCAAACUUGCAUAGAUAAGUUUAUAGAUAUUGAAGUUUUAAAAUAUAUGAAGUACAGACAUGUUGAAAAAUUGUUGGCAAACUUUCCACUUGGUAUUCAAAUUAAAUUUGAAAAAUAUGUCAAUGAAUAUCAAAAAAAACAGGAGGAACAACUUUAUGGUUCGUUAUUAGAAACCAAGUCCAUUCCAUCAACCUCAACUCAAAAUGUUGUUUCAUCAAACUCCUCUACAAAUGAUCUCCCUGGAAAUUGUUUUGAUUUAAGUAAAAUUUUAACUCUAAGUACCCAAGGUCCAUUGAUUGUAGAAUAUUAUUAUAAACAAAAACAUAUGAAUGAAUCAUGUCGUACUUUACUUGUGGAAAUUAUCAUUAAUGAUUUGAUUAAGAGAAAUCAGACUAUGACUAUCAAUCUAUCCAAUAAUAUAGCUAAUGCUAUUGUACUUUCAUUUCCAUCUGAAAUAAAGGAUGUAUAUUUUUUAAGGGAUGUAUCUUGUAAAGCUCCAAAAGGUAAACUUUACUCAAAGUAUUUCAAUACGAUGAAUAGAUUACUAAGUGUUGGAUUGAAAUUAACUAGUAAAACACAUGACCAUAAUAAGAUAAUUAUUUGUAGAUCUGAAGACCAACUUAAUUACUCACUUGACAUUGAACCCGAUUCUGAAGAUUUGUGUGUAAAUUUACAAGAUCCAGACUUAACUUGGCCUGAAGUUGAGUCAACUUGGAAGAAAACUACAAAUUUCAGGCUUCAAUAUAUUAAGAAUAAAAAUACUGCAUCUAUUUUCAAAAAAUGGAUACAGUUAACACAACCUAUGGACUAUAAAUUGGUAGAGAUAGAUUUCUGUCACAUAUAUCCAAAUUUUAAAAACUUAUCUGCCAAGUUUGAAAUAAAGUCAUCUUUGCUAUUGAACAUUUUUGAUGAAAGAAUAAAAGAUAAUGCAAGUAAAAUAUUAUUAAAUCAAUUGAAAGAAUCAUCUUACUCCUGCGAAAAUGGGAAAAAUUUAACUAUAUUCUAUUUGUUGCAUUCUUUAUUUAUACCUACAUCAAAAAAAAAAAAUUACCUGAGACAACGGAAAAAAAUCUUUCAUUAA